AUUAUUGACGGAAAAAGAUUUUUUCUCGUUUUUACCGAAUUUUCUUGCUGAAAUCUAUCGUAAACAUUCAUGAUAUCAAUCAAGUAGUUAUUUUCAUAUUUUUACACGUGUUGAAAGUGAAAACAUCGCCGUGGAUCCUAACAUAAACGUGGAGAUGUGCCAGGCCGAGGCGUGGCGCGGCGGCGGCGUGGCGCGCUCGCCGUCCCACGAGUCGGUGACCACAGACCUGUCGUUGUUCAGCGUGUCAUCGGCCGCCUCGGAUGCUAGGGUGCUUCGGCUACUGGCUUGCAAGGCCGGCCAAGGACCUGACCCGUCUCUCAGGGUUGCCAGUCCCAAUCCGGACAGCAAAGUGCUUGUCAAGAGGCCGUCAUCAGCCCUGCCACUACAAUCAGCCGACCAUUGCCGGGAGCUUCUGGCCGGUUGCGCAGCCCUAUGCGCUCAGUUAGGGCUCCGAAGGUCAUUCAGUGCCGGAGAUGUGACUUCGGCGCCGCACAGGCAGCAAGGCUUGAGGAGCGCGACGUCUGAGGUGGGCCUGUGUGCAGCGCUUGAAGCGCUUACGCUCAGCGCUGCGUCUCGCUCUUGCAGCACUUGGGUAGCAGUGGGCGGCUCCCAACUGCCGUCGCCGCAGCGCUCGCAUCCGGUCCAACAGCCGCCGCAGCGGCCGCUGCCGACUGACAACAAAAAGGUCCGUCAGAGUUACAUCAAGCGUCGCCUGUUGACUACAUACCGUGCUCUGGAGAGAAUGUCGCAGUCCGACUUCAAUCUGGAUCGGCUCGAGGCGGCGGCGGCGCGCGCGGCGGCGGCCAGCGGGCCGGGCCCCACAACCUUAGCCGUGCCCAGCAAGCAGCAGGCGCGGUUUGUGCACCCCGAAGCAGCACACUUAGCUCUCACCGCGGCAGAUUUAGAGCGAGAACGCGGGCGCCCCCUGUCGAAAUACGAGCGAAACAUGAUGAUAUUCAAUUGGCUCCACACCCUCGACGAGGCUGCGCCCUUCUAGAACGUUCUAGAAGUACCAAAACGAAAAUGAAGACCACAGAACGCAAAAGUUGACCACAGAACGAAAAAAAGAUUACA